CAGCCAUCGCCGACUCCCCCUCACCAUGACAACAGCAGAUUUCCAGCACAGUCGAAGGACGAACUGUAAGCUCUACGGUUACAGCUGGUUGUUCAGCCUAGCAGUGGCGUUAAACGAUAAUAACGGGGAUAUAUUUAAUGUAGGAAGGCCGUCUGUGCCGGGAAGGAGUUUCAUGAGCGGGAGGCCAGCCGGAGGCAGAGGGAGACGCCGUCUGACUGUGUGAUCAACAACAUGGCUCUGCUUCAGCAUCCCCGGCUGCUGCUCGCCUGUGUUGGGCUGCUGCUGCUGCUCGCCUUUGGCAGCAUCGACGCUCGAUCUUCGCCUAUAUCGGACUUGAAAUCCAAAAUAUCCGGGGUGGAGGAGCUCUUGGAGGAAUUCCGCAAACAGCUGCAGCAGGACCAGACCUACAGGACAGGUGAAGUGAUGGACUCCUGCGUGGGCGACUUCAGUGCCGCGGGGGAUCGCAUCAUCCGGGCCAAGGACUCCAUCGAGCAAGGAGCCGCCUUCCUGCUGGCCCCGGACAGGGUGUACACCAGGAAGGACUGUGUGCACGCCUGCUGCUCCCAGCCUCACUGCACCGUUGCGGUUCUUCACGAGGACCAGAGGCAGCCCGGGGACAGUCUCCGCUGCUACCUGUUUAACUGCACCUACAGGAGUAAGAAUGUGUGCGCCUUCUCGGCUCAGAAAGGCUUCACAACAUACAGCCGGACUCCCAACACAACGCAGGGACACCUCCCUGUUUCAUCUAGCGACUCAGCCCGGAGACCCGGAGAAGAAGCUCCUGAUGAGGAUGAUGCAGACGUGGAUGAGCCUCCUCGCAGUGACGCUGGACAGGAUGUGGUUAUCCAGCUGCCCACAGAUUGGGCUGUGCUGGAUGGCCGUGACAGCGUGGACGACCACGGGAUCCGCCGCUAUGAGUGGAGUCUGAUUAAAGGAGACACAGCCAUCAAUAUGAAGUCAACACAUCCAGGGUUGCUGAAGAUCAGUGGCCUCCAGGAAGGAGUCUACACGUUUCAGAUGACUGUCACUGACACGGCGGGACAGAAGAGCUCCGAUAACAUCUCUGUCACCGUACUGGCUCCAAAACACCAAGCAGAAGUAUGUACCGGUCACUGCUCGAACUACCAAUUUAAGUGUGAUGACGGUUGCUGUAUUGACAUCACCUAUGCCUGCGAUGGGAAGCAGCACUGUCCAGACCGCUCAGACGAAGACUUCUGCCCAAACUUCGAUGGCAGCCGAAAGUCAGUGACCCACGCUGUGGACCUGCCCAGCCCUCAGCGGCCUGUCGCUCAGACAAAGAAAGCUGAAGACGUCUUCAUGCUCCCGACUGGAGCCAGGAAGACCAUCACACCGCAAGACACAAGCAAGGCAGCUCCUUCUCAAAGUGCCAGUGAACAGGAAGCUUCAGUCAGUCAAGACCCAUGUGCUGCUGCUCCAGUUGUGGGACCCUGUAAAGGCACCUUCCCACGGUGGUAUUACGACCAAAAUGUGGGAGAGUGCAAACACUUCCUGUACGGAGGCUGCCAGGGAAACCACAACAACUUCCUCCAGGAGUCGGACUGUGUCAGUGAAUGCAUACAAAAAAGUCCAGCUUUCAGACCUGCUAGUGUGGCUCCUCCAGUCACCAAGCAGACUGAGAUAGCUUCCCCUAAAGCCACCCAGAGCCAAGCAGUGAGUGACGCCCCCAUCUCCAAACCAUUUCCAGUCAUGGGAGGACACCCAGUCCCAGAGUCAGGUGCCAUCCUUCCUCUGGCACUUGGCCUAAUCAUCACCGCCCUGCUGCUGCUCAUGAUCAGCUGUCGUCUCAGGCUCGUCCGCCACAAACUGAAGAAAGCGCGUCCCCUCACUACAGAGGAGUCAGAUUACCUCAUUAAUGGCAUGUACCUGUAGCCAAUCAGAGACCCGAGAAAAGAACCAUCAGAGCCCGAUCCAGGACGUUCUGAAUUUGCACUCUGCAUUUCUUCGAUGUCUCUUAAUUUAUCCUCGUUUCCUGUUAGAAAGAUCCAAAGCUCUGCUGCCGUGAACGUUGCCGAACACCUCCACACCAAUCCCCUCUGACUGGCACUGUAUAUCAGCUGCUGAUAGAUUCAGCGAACAUACUGAGAUGCUUGUGAAUUCAUACCUAUGUCCUAACAAAAUCACUGAUGGAAUAUCAGCGUUUCUCCUUUACUUCUGAUACAUAUACUAAAAUAGACACUAUUACAACUGAUUUAUUAAACACUGGUUACAUUGAGACAAACAUUUUCAUUUUACUGCACAAAACAUGCGCUAUUUCUGCCUCUGUGCGACUUUAAUGUGCCAUAUUUUUGCUGUGUGUUUUAAUCCCAUUAAAUUGCCGUACGGCAGACACAAAAAGCAUCGAGUGCCUGUUACAGUCCUAUAGGACCUGAUUUUUUUCAUGUACAUAAACACAUAUACACACUUUUACAAUGGUGGAUGUUCAUGUCAAACAUAAUCAGAGUCUAAUCAUGUGGUCAGCAUAUGUGAGCGAGAAGGCUUCAGACUCUGUUAAAUGCUCUGUUUCAGGUCCUUUUUUCUUCCUGCUGGUUCUUUAGGAUGUCAGUGAGAGCAGAUAUUCCAAAUUUGGUCACGUCAGCCACACGGACAUUCAUGGGUCUGAGGACAGAAACCCAACCCACCUGCCUGUCAAACCUUCUGUUUAUGACCUGUAGCUAUUCAGAAAAACAUAGAGUGUACUUAAUUUGUCCCAAAAGGUCAGGCAGCCAAAAUAUUCAACACAGCCUGUAAUAAAAUAUUUGCAUAAACAGUAAAAUAAAGCAGUGUUUCUCAGA